CCGCCUUGUUUACUUUAGAAAUGAAAAGCAGUAAACUUUGAGUGCCGCAGAGAGAUGAACUUUUAGAAGUCCAGAGCCUUGGAUUCUCACCCUGACUCUGUAUUAACUGGCUGUGUGGCCUCGGGCAGGUUCCUUGUCUUCUCUGAGCUUUAGCUUCCCUCUGCAUAAAAUGGGCAGGGGCCUUCUGACCAGCAAGCUCUUGUCCAAUUCUUCCUGUCUGUCCACUAACAGGCUCUCCGCGGAGGCCAAGACCCCUCUGCUCCCCAUGGGCAACUGCCAGGCAGGGCACAAUCUGCAUCUCUGUCUGGCCCACCAUCCACCUCUGGUCUGUGCCACUCUGAUCCUGCUGCUUCUUGGCCUCUCGGGCCUGGGCCUUGGUGGCUUCCUCCUCACCCAGAGGACUGGCCUGCGCAGCCCUGACAUCCCUCAGGACUGGGUCACCUUUUUGAGAUCUUUUGGCCAGCUGACCCUGUGCCCUGUGAAUGGGACGGCCACAAGAAAGUGGCAUGGGCCUCACGUUGUAGGCUUACUGACCACCUUGAACUUCGAAGAUGGUCCAGACAGAAACAAGACCCAGACAUUCCAAGCCCAGGUCCGGGGCAGAGAGAUGGGAUUGAAAGGAUCUUCUGCAGAACAGUUCGUUCUUAUCACAGCCAAGGCGACCACAGAUAGGACCCCAGGAACCUGCCUAUAUUUUAGUACUGUUCCAGGAAUACUGCCUUCCAGCCAGCCGCCCAUAUCCUGCUUGGAGGAGGGAGCAGGAAAUGUUACCCUGAGCCCCAAGAUGGGUGAGGAGUGUGUCAGGGUCUGGAGCCACGAAGGUCUUGUACUUACCAAGCUGCUCACCUCGGAAGAGCUGGCUCUGUGUGGCUCCAGACUGCUGGUCUUGAGCUCCUUCCUGCUUGUCUGUGGCCUUUGCUGUGUCACUGCUGUGUGCUUCCACCCACGUCGGGAGUCCCACUGGUCUAGGACCCGGCUCUGAGGGCACUGGCCUAGUUCCUGCCUUGUACUCAGGUGUGAAUCAACUUCUUGGGCCUUGAUUCUGAGUUGGAAGAGAUGUUACAAAAGCAAAGAGCUGGCAUGUGGGGAAAUAAAGAGGUUUUUUUUUGCCCAG